CAUGGCCGACGAUGCGUCGAAGUUCGUUCUUCUCGCAUCCCCUAACUGGUAUUGUAGUACUGUGGCAGACUGUAGUUUGAACAGUAUUUAUGCGUUUGGUGCUAGAAAUUGCGUCUAUCUUUUGGACGUCAGCUCGGUGUCGCCUGUUUUUGAGGGUCAACUUGACGGCCAUGUGGAGCGUGUGACAAGUGUGUGUUUUUCCAAACACAAGCUUCACGCGAGUUUCCUUGCUAGCGGUUCGGAUGAUAAAACAGUGAAAAUUUGGGACGUAGGGUCAAAGCUUGCACUAAUGGAACAUAAGGCGCACAAUGCUAAAGUGACAUGCCUUGCUUGGUCUCCUGUUGUUACAGAUCUUGUUAUCUCAGGUGAUGAAAAAGGUUCUAUCAUUGCAUGGAGGUAUACAGAAGAAAAUCUGUUUGAAGCUUGUCCAGUCCAAGAUCAUAUUUUCUCUGUGGCUCUUUCCUAUAUUUCACAAGGUGAAAUAGCUGUUGGGUACAAGAGUGGUCUGAUCGCUGUUUUGAAUGUUGAUACAAGCAGAAGGAGUUUUUCGUUAGUGCACAAACUGCAAGGACAUUCUAGUGAAAUUCACAGUCUAGCCUGGUGUCCAGCACCUAAGGAAGACAUUGACUUUGGUCCUAUACAAGACAAGGUUUCAGCUGCCGAAGGACACUUGAUAGUGUCAGGUUCAAGGGAUCAGACAGUCAGGUUAUGGAAUGCAGCACAAGGCAAAGUUCUGUCCAUUAAACAACUGCCUAAAAGAUCAUCACGAAAGGACAAACAUGAUUCUUAUGGCCCUAGAGACAGAUUGUGGGUCAGUGUUUGCUGGCCUGCUGCAUCACCAGGCCAUGUUAUUUCUAGCAGUCAUGGUGGCGAAAUUUUGUUGUGGGAUCUCAGCAAGAAUGAAGGAAGAGCUCAAUGCCAAACAUUUGGCGUGGGCCACUCAAGAAUUGUGUUUAAUAUCAGCUGUGACAUUUCUGGUAUAAGAGUGCUGACUGCCUCCAUGGACAGACAGAUUGUUAUCUGGGAUCCUCAACAGCUACGAAGUUUACAAACCCUCCCUACCCUUGGUGGCUUUGCUUACUCGCUGGGCAUCUCCCCCCUGGAUCCUGGUACUGUAGGAAUAGGAGUAGGAGACAACAUGCUUCGAGUUUGGCAAACAGCCUCAUCUGCUGGACCUUAUGAAGCUUUGACUGUUUGGCAAGGGAUCAAAUCUAAAGUGAUGGUGGUCAAAUGGCAUCCAAGCAAGGAAGGCUUGUUAGCAUUUGGAGCAGAUGAUGGACAAGUUGGGGUUUAUAAUAUAAUUUCAAAAAAGUUAGAUAGCUCUUCAACAUACCACAAGAAGACAGUGUAUUCUCUGUCUUGGGGCCCUCCCUGCCCCACGGAAGGUGAUGGUGACACACUAAACUUGUACAGCUGUGCAGGAGACGGAAGUGUCCUUGAGCACAAAACAGGACAUUUUAUGGAUGAUGCAGUAGAUGUGAAUGCUUUAAUACUUAAAACAAAUAACCUCAAGCACAAGCCGUUUGGUAGAACGGAUGUUUCAUGGAAUCCAGAUGGUUCCGUGAUGGCUUUGGGAAAUGAAGAUGGUUCGAUUGAAGUGUAUGUUCCACCGGACUUGCAACAAGUUGGGAUGAUUAUCACGCACAAAAAGAGCAUCACUACUCUUAUGUGGCAUCAUGGUCACGGCGAACUAACUGCAGUAGUAAAUGGCAAAGGUAGUGUUAGUUGCAAGUAUUGGUUAGCGUCAGGAUCUAAUGAGUCUACCAUUCAUGUCCAUGACCUCAGCAAUAUGUUUGAUGAUUUGUCCAGUCCUACCGCCAACGCGGCUCCCAUCACCGAAUGUUUCCGUAAGCUGUCGGGUCAUUCGGGAAGAAUCACUGAUUUGAAUUGGAGUCCACAUCAGUCGGAACUACUUCUUUCUUCGUCGUAUGAUGGAACUGCUCAGGUUUGGGAUGCGGUUAAAGGAGAAGCUUUGUACAAUUUCCGUGGCCAUAGCAGCCGUGUGAUGUGUGUAGUGUGGAGUUAUCUGGAUCCUGAUUUGGUAUACAGUGGCGGAGAGGACGGCACUGUGCGACCUUGGAGACCUUCACUGCAGCAGCAUCGGCAGCCACCUGUCUCGGACAAGAAAACGAGCCAUUCAGCAAGUAAGUCCUCCAAAAGCAAGAAGAACAAGCAAAAAGGAAAAGGGAAAACUUCGUCAGACAACAAGGAAACAUGGCGACACCAGCCAACGUCCAAUCUUGAGCACACUAGCACUCAUGAAAAACAAGCUAGAGCAGACAGCUUCAGUGAUCAUUCUCAGGAACCGCAAAUUAUCUCACCCACCUCUACUUCAGAACCUAAAACUCGAGUAAAUGAAAAGGAAGAAAAACCUAACGUUAGCUCCGAGAGUGAAGCAGCUGGGAAAGAGCCGGUGAUGAAAACAGAAGAAGCGCAAAAUAGUAAUGGCAGAACUGAGUCGAAAGAGGGAGUAGUGGCAGAAAAUGAGUCGUUGGACAUUUACAAUACAUGCUGUUCGGCCGAGGAGAAGAGGCCUGAUGUUGUUUUGAAACAAGAGAAAGUGAUUCCCUUAAGAUCUAAGGUUUCACUAGAAACAACAUCAUCUUCCAAGAAAAAGAGGAAAGUCAAAUCAAUGUUUCCCCUCUCUGCUGUUGCGGACAGCAAAUCUAAAACAGUGACACGAGAGGAGUGCAUUGAACUAGCGAAGAUUAACUAUGGUCAGGAACAAGGUACACCCAGUUACGGUAACUCGCCGUCGCACGAAGUAGCGGGAUCAGAGGAGCUUGUGAACCUCGGAUUGUUUGCUGAUAGGCGCAGCGCAUACAGGAUGUUUACUACGGAAGGUGAACAUCACAAAGACGGCGGCAACCUUGAUUACCAGUUGCAGCUGGAGAUCUGGAAAGGAAAUCUUAGCGGAGCUUUGCAAAUGGCGAAUAACAAUAACCAGCUUAUUGACUGGCUUGUGGCUCUCAGUCCCCUAGGUGGGCGUGAAGUAUGGAUGGCUACAACGCGAGCGUUUGCUGACCAGCUAGAAUCGCAGGGUCAGUAUCAGCGUGCCGUUUUGUAUUACCUAGCGUGCCAUGACACGUACAAAGCUAUUGACGUAUUCAGGAAACAGCACAUGUAUAGGGAAGCUAUCGCAUUGGCCAAGGUGCGGCUUUCACCUUCAGACCCAGUCCUUUUUGACUUGUAUAGCACUUGGGCCAGGAAACUAGAAACAGACAAUGCCUUUGAACAAGCAGCUAAAUGUUACUUGGCGGUGCAUUCAUCAUGCUCACAUGUUGAAUGUUUGUGUUCACGAGCUUUUGCUUGCGACCCUUGCUGAUGAGAAAACAAUCCACCUCGAUAACGCUUUGGAAGAUGGCACACGUACCCACAUAAGUUCUAUUCUAAGCAGUUGCACGAGUAUCAGUGGACCAUGGGGUAAAUAUACCGAUAUCCCUUGCAGCACGUCUUCAUGGAUAGCUAAUGACCAUCCUAGGAAGUGGUUUGUUGUGUGUGUUUUAGAGGCCUGGCAUCUUUCUGGUGCAUUAAAAUCUGGAUCAUUUGCUGUUCUUUGUGAGUCGAUCAAAACUUACUACGAAACUACCUCUACUGGGGCUGAUACCAUUCCUGAGAUGUUAGCCAGGAUCUCCCUGGAGAUCACUCUUGGGCUCUUAAAGGCAAUUACCGGAAAUCUUUACCUGGCAUGUCAGUACUGGUUGCAAGCGCUUUCUCAUUGCAACAAGAAUUGCCUGUUUGGCUUGCAACGGCAAUUGUGUUGCAUGUUGCUACCACAAGGGAGCGAAUCUUUAAACUACUUGCAGCAUUUGAGCCAAGACUUGGAUACAAAUUCUUCUGAUGAGCCACAAAAGGUGGAAGACGUACAGGAACUGUUUCGGCAUUUCCUUGCGUACUACUACAAGGCUAUACUGAUUGAAAUCUGGUAUAGAUGCCCUGAUGUAUUGAGUAUUUUCACUUGCAAUGGCAAUAUAACAGUCGAAAAUGGGGAUUGCACAAGCAAUGCCGAAAAUGGGUCUAAUGCCUCUAACGAAGCGCCUUUAGACUCUUCAAAGACAUUGUUACCGAAAUGUGCGUUAAAUAUGUUCGAGAACUCUUCGGUGAUUUCCGAAUAUAACCGAACUAAUAAGGAAGAAUCAGUUACCGAAAGGGGCGUUUAUGGUACUAUCGGUGACGUCGUCGGCAGCGGAGCGUAUGAAUUAAAGGAACCGUUAUCGUCGACGAAACGUAAUCGAGCUCGGAAACAAGACAUGAUGACCACUUUAGAAAACUUGAAAACUUUUCUGCUAUCAGAACAACACAUGAAAAUAAACUGUCUGAGAGAGAUUCUCACUGACAUUCGAAAAGCGAUAUUACUGAAGAGAUCAAGACAGCUCAUGGAGGCGAUUUCUACUGACAGCAAAGUAAGCCAAAAGAAGAAGAAAAUUAAAACAUCAAGUGAUCAUCUUACUCAUUCCAGUCAACCGCAAGGCUUUUUGCCGAGCCGUGGUGAAGGGGAUCUAACAAGCGAGACAACCAGCAGGGGUAGUUCAGUUGACCCUGGAGAGUUUACACAGACCACAUCAAAUGAAGAGUUUGGUUUUGGUGAUACUGUCUACUCAGAGUCACGGCCGGAGGAGACUGAGAAAGAGCCAAGAGGCGAUGGUCUUUCGGGAAGUGUGAGGGAUGAGGAAGCACACAGAGACGAAGAAAUGAGUACUGCACGUAAGGGGCUUGGAGCGAUUUCAGCGAGUGAGGCAACUGCUGGUAAACUCUCAACCUCAGAUGGAAAACUUCCAGUCGAUUUAAGAUACAUAACCAAUGAAACGACUUUAGCGUUUCUAAUAGAGGAGGAAAAGCGAGCCUUAAACGAGCUCGAGGAGCUUGAAUUUAAGGAUCUCUCAUUUCCCUCUCCACUGGAGUCGGCUUUGAUAAUGGGACACCUUUGCGCAUGUUCAGAUGGUCUUCCUAUUUAUGGCGUUGACCUUCGUGAACUGGGAAUUCGUGUUGUUCAAUGGGCUCAAAGAUUUGCACAGACUUGUACUGAUCUUAAGGCAAUUAGGCGGAUUGAUAGGAUGCACAACUCAAACAGCAAGAUUAUGUGAUAUUAUAAGGCCGAUGAAAAUAAAAAACUGAAGGAUGCUUCCGACCACUGGUGUAGGUGGCAGAUGAGAUACAAAUUGUGCACGUGUUAAACUGCUGACUAAGGCAAAAUAAGGAAAUUUAAACCUCUACGCUUCAGAAGAAAAUUGUGCCAAUGACUAAGGAGCAUUUAUUACGCUUUAUGUUGCAUUUUGCUAAGUACAAGCAUUUCUAAGAGAAUUUCAGAUGUACAACAAAUAUAAUCUGAAUUUUUCUAGCUGUUGUGUGAAUUGUAUGUGAUGAGAUUCAAGUCUGGUUUAUGACACUCGUCGGCAUGUUUUGACGAGAAUAAAGUACGUUAUGGUGAAUUGAAUUGAAUUGUUAGUCUGGCCCGAACAAAGUACUUUAUGGUUAAUUUAAUUGAACCUUGAGGCUGAGAGGUGAAAAUAUUUUGCACGGUUGUUAUGGGCAGGUGGGUAACUAGGUGACUCUUGAAUCCGUGUCCAACAUCGUAGCGUGUCAUCCGAGUACAAGAAGGAUUAUUCAGUUUGAUCCUGUUGCUAUCAUGGAUUAAGUCAACGCUGGGUUUUGAUUAUACCCUCGACCUUUUCAAACUUAAAUAAUAUCAUCUGUUUAGAAAAUGUCGAGAAUUUGAAUACACACCAGCUUAGGAACCUUGUAACCCAUUUCGAACAUAUUAAAUCCCUUUAUGGGAGAAAAAUUGUUUUCUUUGUUAAGAUUUGCGCCUCAACGUCAGCCUGUGAUUUGCUUUUUGUUGUUUUGUUUUUAUUUUGUAAUCUGUAUGUAGACAAAGUAUUUCAUCGUAGCAACUCAGAAAAUUAUUAAGUUUAAACCGAAGAAAUCAGCGCAAGGAUCUUUACUUUUGUCAUGACAAAUAAAAAAUUAAAAUAAAAGGAAAAACACGAUUAUGUACGCGACGUGAAAAUUGGGUAGCCUAGGUGCGUUGCUUUCAAAUAGGAUAUUUUUAUUUGAACGUGUUCUGUGGUUUGGAUAAUGAAAUUUGUUUUCCGGUAAAUAAUGGCACGGAUAUUGUUUGAUUUACAUGAUUUAUAUCUUAAUGGGUUUUUGUCUUAUCUUCAAUCUCUACAUGACUCCCCGCUAAUUGUUUGGUGUAUUCCUUCGACAAACAAGAUAAUUCUGAUUUACAACUCAGAUAUUUCCCAUUAGGAGACUUUGGAAAGUGGGGAAGGAAGAGAUAACUUUGUGAUAGGCCUAAUAAUUGUUACCUGAAAUAUUAUCUUAGGUAUCUUAGGUUCUAUUUUGGAGUAAUCGCAGUUAAUCUGAUAAGGGAAUUGGCAAAAUUGGCUCAAGGAGUGCAUCUACGUGCGUUUGUGAUACGAUAUCCUUUCUAGAUUUACGUGUACGAAGCACGCAAUGAAAAUAACUCCGAAUUAUUCCACUAUUUCUUGUUAUGAAGUUUAACGGGACACCAUCGUAAUGAAUGGCUAAUUCGUUUUCCUCUGAGUUUUCAAGCAUCGUAAUUUAUUUUAUCGCGUGGUGAGGGAAACAAACCUCUCUGAUCGGUCUUCUUAUAGUGCUGAUGAAUGAGAUAAAUUGAUUAGUCUUGACAGAAUAAACUAAAUCAGAUUUA